AUGGGGGUCGAACGAUUUGAUUCUACCAUCUGCGCCGGCGGAUGGGUUGUGAUGGUUGGACGGAUGGGUGCCAACUUUUUCAACGAGCUCAGCGCGAGUGUGAUCGCCCUCCGUAAACCUCCUGGCCGCACCCCGGCCAGCGUAUACGGCAUCACGCUCCCUUCGAGCCGUUCCCAUCAAGGUCAACCGCAGGAGGCGGUGCACCACAGCUACCCGCGCCCUCUUGCACAGCCCAUUGGGCCCAACAUGGCCGUCACCAUGGCUCCUAUGCCCAAUUUCAAUCAUGGCUACAACACGCUUGGAUCCCUCAACCACCUCAUGCCCAUGCGCCCCAUGAUGUCGAUGCCCUCAAUGCCCUCAAUGCCCACCAAUGUCAUGAUGCCCAUGGCCCACCACAUGCCCUCCCACAUGCCCUCCCAAAUGCACUCCCACUUGUCCGGCAUGCCGGGGUUUCAAGCCCUGCCUAGCAUGUCAGUCAUGCCCAACAUGGUGAACAUGCCCCAGAUGCCCCAGAUGCCCCAGAUGCCCCAGAUGCCCCAGAUGCCCCAGAUGCCCCAGAUGCCCCAGAUGCCCCAGAUGCCCCAGAUGCCCCAGAUGCCCCAGAUGCCCCAGAUGCCCCAGAUCCAGGCCGUGCCGACCACCAUGCCCAAUAUGGGCCAAUUUCGUGCACCACCCCCCAUCGUGACCACCCAAGGCUCCGUUUUGCCUGGCUUUCCCCACGGCGUCACGCCAGUGCCAGGGUCUAGCCCCAUUCCAGCGCUUGGCGACACUCAGCUCAAUGGUCCUCUCCGAGGUCAACCCCUUCAUGGGAACUCGCUUCUCCCACCCCACGCACUCUGGCAGCGGCUCAGCCAGCUCUCACGACAACGAUGGCACGAGUCACGAGCCAAGCGACAAGGCUGCCACUGUUGA